UUCAGGCCACCUUUAUUCAUAACAGUAGUACAUAUUUAUUCGAAACCUUUUUUUUUUUCAAAAGACAUGACUAGAUUAGAUCGCAUUUAUAUUCAAUAUCAACCCCAUAUAUGUUAAGCUAGGAGUAAUUUAAGACUAUAAUUAUGUUUGUUUUAUUUCAACGCACUACACACAUGUAUAUACUCGAUUGGGGUGGCUAUGAAUGGAGUUAGAUAUUUUAGUUUGUGCAGUAAAGAAUGAAAAUACGUAUGGAUAAAUUUAUUGUUCGACUGCUGGUAUUUUUUGUACUAAUGUUUUUUGUAUUUUUAAUAACUUUUACAAAAAAUACCAAUAGAAGCACAACUUUUAACCCCGUGGACAGUAUUUUAUCUAAUAACAAUGUAAAAUCAAAUUCAAAAUGGAAUUUAGAAAUGGGCAUAAACUGGACGUGGAAUUCAGUUUUGGAUAUUUUGGAACAUUUUCCAGGCCGCGGAGAUUUCUUGCCAAGUGAUUCAGAGGGUCCAUCUGUUUUGUAUCCUAACAGAAGCAAGUCGGAGGAGUUGAUUAACGAUAAAUUGUCAGUUUUUGUUCUUUUACAUUCACAUAACGAUCCAGGUUAUAGACAUACAUUAGAAGAUUACUACAAAUUUAGGGCGAAAAAGGUAUUAUCUUUAGCUGUCCAGAAACUGACAAAAUAUAAAGAUCUGACAUUCAUAUGGACUGAUACAUGUUUUCUUGAACGAUGGUGGAAUGAACAGAACAGUAAAACUAAAAACGAGCUAAAACAGCUAGUAAAAUCUGGACGAUUUGAAAUCGCCUUGGGGGCAUGGGUGUCCGCGGACGAAUGUGUUACACACUACUUUGCCUAUUUAGAUCAACUCAUAGAAGGUUACUAUUGGAUACGGCAGCAUUUGGGCGUGUUUCCAAAAAUAUCUUUUAAUAUGGACCAGUUUGGAUCAUCUGCAUCUGUAAAUUACAUAAGGAGUGUGGCCGGUAUAAAAAUCUCAUUUUUGAAUCAUUUACAUAAAGGAACAAAGAAGUACUUCAGACAGCACAGACUGCUAGAAUUCUACAAUCGGCAACUUUCGGACAAGACGGGGGAAGAUGAUACAUUUAUGCAUAUUGAACCAUUUGAUGAUCUUUCCUUCAAAGGAAGUUGUGGACCAGCCAAAAUGGUCUGUGUGUCACUGGACUUAAGAACAUUCAAGCUUCCGCACCCUGAUGAGCUGUCAUUUAAACUCCCCAAACUUCUGAACGGCAUGCCGUACUGGAACGUGCACCAUUUUGCAAAGGUACUUGUUUCCCAAAUGAAAAUAAAAAGUGACGGUUACUUACAUAAUGUUCUAAUGCUUCCGCUAGGGAACGAUAUUCUUUACCACACCGCUGGAGAAUGGAAAAAUCAGUACAGAAACCUGAAAAUAUUAAUGGAAUAUAUCAACUCUUAUAAGCCUUUUAAAGUCCAUAUGCAAUUUGGAACAAUAGAAAAAUAUUAUGAAGAGGUUAUGAGACAAACAAAACGGUAUAAAAUACAAUACGCUUUGGCCGCUGGUGACUAUUUUCCAUACACAAGAGGUCCAAAAUAUUGGAGCGGGUAUUUUACCACUCGCCAGUUUAUGAAACGUCUUGGACGCGAACUUCAGGAGUCCGUACGCGCGGUAGAUCUUUUAAUGUCAUUUCUUGUAUAUAAUGGUCCAGGUUUGAAUAAGCAGACGACUAAUUACAAAAUAAUUUUGUCAAAUUUGACUUAUGCCAGACGACAGCUAUAUAUAUUUCAACAUCAUGAUGCAAUAACUGGAACGGCAGAAGAGGAAACCGUGAAAGAUUUCAAACAAAGAUUAUCGUCGGCUUUCAUUAUGUCACAGGAAGUGAUGUCAGAGUUACUAAAAAUAGCAUUACAAAUGAGCUGUACAAAUACUGCUUUACGACACAAACAUCCUAACAAAGAUGGAAACUUCAACCUUGUCGAAAAAGUAAGAGAUGUCUUAAAUAUUUCUAUUUUUCCUACUGCUGUCAGAGAUAGAGUGGAAGAAUUAACGAGACAAGAAGUGCUUAACGUCAGUGGUGACACAACCAAGUUAAUUAUAUUCAACUCUUUUACUCAGACAAGAAGGGAACUUAUCACGGUGUCAAUUAAAACCAAAGGAAGUGUUUUAAUCAAGGACCCAAAUAACUUAAGUGUUGAUUUUGAUGUUGAAAUAUUUAAAGAUAUUAUGAAAGUUACAUUUAUAUCAGAACUUCCACCAGUAGGCAUUUCUGUUUUUAAUAUAGUAACAAAUUCAGAUAAGACAAUUAAACAAGAAGUAACUCCAAAGAAAGAGGAAAAGUAUUUUGUUUGUCAAACUCUUGAAAUGAACUUGACGUAUUCUAUAUCCGAGGGGAUCCCUUUAACGUUGUGUUCAAAGAAAGAAAAUACAUGUUCCAUUUUCCAAAUUGACCUCUUACAUUACACGCCAAUUAGUGAUGCGUAUACCUUUCCGGAUUCUGGAAAAUAUACAAUUAUACAAGACUACUCGUGGCAUCGUAUCAUUAAUGGAAAAACGUUUUGCUCUGUGGAAUUCUUCUUCAAAUUUAUAACAUUGAAGUACGUUCUUCAAAACGUACAUGGUGUGAAUGGAAGACGAGUACAGAUGGAAAUUCACGAUAACCUAUCUAAAGCAACUGCGAACAAUUUUGAAGGUCAGUUCGUCGUAAGGGUAAAAACAAAUAUUGAGAAUGGAGACACGUAUUACACGGAUUCAAAUGGUUUACAGCUCAUGAAAAGAACAUUCAGAAAACAUUUAUCUUUUGGUGCAAACGUGUACCCAAUGACAUCUAUGGCGGUUAUACAAGAUAGAUUUCAACGACUCACAGUGCAUUCUAUUCAGCCUAAUGGUGUUGUGAGCAGGGACUCGGGAUCGUUGGAUAUAAUGAUUGACCGGGUUGUAACAGCAUACAGUGAUGGAACGGUCCGUGAAUUCGCAGGGAACACAAAGGACAAUUUACCAACUUUUACUAAACUGUAUUUCCAGCUUGAGAAAUCUUUAUUUUCUGUACAAGACGGUCAAGCAGAAACGCUUCAACCGUCGUUAGAAUCUGUAAUAACAAAUGAUUUAAUUCAACACCCUGUUCAAACAUUCUUCACUCAGUCGAACUUUGCAUGCAGUCAAAACUCAUUCUCAUUUCUAAAUUGUGAAAUUCCUAGUGAAAUGAUAAUUGCAAACCUUAAGUGUUUAAUAGGAGAUGAAUUUAAUUUGGAUGGACUAACACUGACAUUGUUACGUCGAGACGUUUCUAUUAACACAUCAUAUUUGGAAUUCAAGCCGUCUACAAUAUUUAGAAACGGUUCAGUAACGCUUCAUAACAUGUUUAAAGAUAGUAAUAUAUUCCAUGGUAAUUUUUCUUUCAAACCUCUCGAAAUGAAAACAUUUUUAAUCAAAUAGAUAUAGAAAGGAUAGCUGUUAUCAAAAAUUCAUUGAACAUUUGUAAAUAUGUUUAUUUAUUUUGUAUGUGCAUAUAAUAAAGUUUACUAUUUUUGUUGUUCGAAUACAA